AGCUCAGAUCCACUCACACCUCGUCUCCUUAUUUGUACGGUUCUUAUUUCGAAAGGGUAAAAACCAAAAGCGACGCAAAGGGCAAAAUCGGAAAAAGUGUUAAUUUAUGGCCGCCGUUAGUAGCUCGUCGGUGACCGGAGACUGUGGCGCAACCGGAAAGAGAGAUGAGAUUAUGUUGUUCGGAGUUAGAGUUGUGGUUGAUCCGAUGAGAAAGUGUGUGAGUUUGAACAAUCUCUCUGAUUAUGAAAAGUCUUCGCCGGAAGAUGAGAUCCCUAAGAUAGUCGUCGCCGCCGGAGCUGGAGAUGGCGAAGAUAAGAACGAAGCUGAUGCGACGGUGAUUGUCGUCGACGGUUACGCCUCCGCCAAUGACGCUGUCCAGAUUUCGUCUUCUUCUGGCGGAAGGAAACGAGGGGUUCCAUGGACAGAGAAUGAGCACAAGAGGUUCUUGAUUGGGUUGCAGAAAGUAGGGAAAGGAGAUUGGAAAGGAAUAUCAAGAAACUUUGUGAAGAGUAGGACUCCUACUCAAGUAGCUAGUCACGCUCAGAAAUACUUCCUCCGACGAACCAACCUCAACCGUCGCCGGAGAAGAUCUAGCCUUUUCGAUAUCACUACUGAGACGGUCACAGAAAUGCCCAUGGAGCAAGAUCUUACUCAGGAGAACUCACCGCUUCCCGAAACCAACACCAGCUCUGGACAUCAAGUUAUGCAAGUUUUUCCUGAAGUUGCAGUGCCGACGAAAACUGAGAAUGCACCACAGACAUUUCAUCUCAACGAUCCAUAUCUAGUCCCAGUAACCUUCCAAGCAAAGCCUGCAUUCAAUCUAAACACAGAUGCUGCUUCGCUUUCUCUCAACCUUUCUCUGGCCUCCUCAUUUAAUCUUAACGAGCAACCCAACUCAAGACACUCAGCUUUCGCGAUGAUGCCAAGCUUCAGCGAUGGAGAUAGCAAUAGCAGCAUCAUCAGAGUUGCUUAGACCUUAUAGCCAAGGUGAAUCUACAAGACCUUGUUUCUUUCUUUGUUUCACUGUUGUUGUAGUAGUAGUACAUAUUAGGUAUAAACAGAUAACAAAAAGAACCCUUUUAGGUCUCAGUCUUGUUUCUGAUCUUUCUUUAGGCCUUACUUUGUCUGAAAACAUAAUGAGGGAAAAAAAAGAACAAUAACAGAGGAAGGCUAUAGAGAUGGACAAACUAUGUUUAGGGUUCUUCAUCAUCUGUUGUUUGUUUGUAAAACUCUCUGGCCACACACUGUUAUGAGUCAUUUUCUGCUGUGUGUAUUUUGUUUUGUGGUAUGUAAGUUAAAAACAAGUCGUGAUUCUCAUGUGGCCCAUCUCAAUCAAUGGUUGGUGAUUUG